UGUUCCACUCACUGCCAUCAGCGCGGAUUUUCCCAUUCAGCAAACACGCGAAAUUCCCCGCGAUUUUAUUUAUUGGAAAUAAGAAGUGAAUAUUUCGUCAUUCUAUAUUCUGGAUACGAAGAAGUAACAGUGAGUGCAAAUUUCUACGAUGAUAAUCUAUACGAACGCCGGAAAUCCUUUUGGAUUGAAGUUGCUGAUUUGUGCCAAAUUGGCCAAGAAGGAGGUUCAGGUUAAAACAAUUUCUUUAAAUGAUGCCGAGCUGAAGGAGAUGAAACAUCUGCCGAUUCUGCAGCUGGAGAGCGGAGUGCAGCUCUUUUCCACGGACGUGGCAGUCAAGUAUCUGCUGCAGGGCGAGGCACCCGUUAUCCAGCGGGACGAAUGGUUGGAGUGGUCCACGACUCGUUUGGCACCGGCCCUCACGCAUAAUAUGGCCGUGGGAAACCGCCAGGAUCCGAACACUAAACCAAUCCUGAACUCGCUAGUCAAGUUCUUGGAUGAUUGCUUGAGCAAGAACACGUAUCUGACUGGGGAGAAGCUGACGUCGGCCGAUAUUUCCGUUUGGAGUCUAUUGGCCCCAGAUGGCACGCUCAAAGGAGCGCAAAAUAUUGAUAAUCUGUUGAGAUGGUAUAGAGUGAUCAAUGCCAUGCCGGAAGUGAAGGCGGCUUUGGAAGAGUUGCCGCUUAAGGAACUAAGUUUUGCUUCGUUGAAACAUUCGAAUCGGUUUGAAGGACUGCAUCAUAUCGUGUUGGAUCCGGAGAUUAUCGAUUUCGAAGGUCAAGUUUUGGUAGACAGUUCGGACAACAUUGCCGCCACCGUCCAGAAGGAGGAAAUCCAAGCAGCAAAGGACUCAUUCGUCGUCAUUAAAGAGAGGGACGUCCUGGACGAAAAAGUUGUUCUGCCGAAGGCCGGUCAGAAGAACAAUUUGAUCACUUCCGCCUUACCGUACGUGAACAACGUACCGCAUUUGGGUAACAUUAUUGGGUGCGUUCUGUCGGCGGACGUGUUCGCACGGUACUCUCGGCUUUGUGGGUACAACACGUUGUACAUCUGCGGUACGGAUGAAUACGGAACGGCAACGGAGACAAAAGCCUUGGCUGAGAAGCUCACUCCCAAGCAGAUUUGCGACAAGUAUUUCGAGAUCCAUAACUCGAUCUAUCGCUGGUUCGGAAUUGGGUUCGAUUACUUCGGCAGGACAACCACAGCCGAACAGACUCAGAUUGUUCAGGAUAUGUUUAAGGAGCUGUAUGCCGGAGGAUACAUUGAGACCCGUGCGGUUGAUCAACUAUUGUGCCAGAAAUGUGAGCGUUACCUGGCGGAUCGUUUCGUUGAAGGUACCUGUCCCUAUGCAGGAUGUGGCUACGAGGAUGCUCGUGGUGAUCAAUGCGAUGCUUGCGGAAAACUUAUCAACGCCAUUGAGUUGGUUCGCCCACGUUGCAAGGUUUGUAACACUUCUCCUAUUAUUCGUCAGUCCAGUCAGUUCUUUUUGGAUCUGCCGAAAAUCGAACCAAAAUUACGUGAGUGGGUCGACAAGGCCGAGCAUGGUUGGACCCACAACGCUAGAGUGAUUACCCGAGCCUGGUUGAAGGAAGGUUUGAAGUCUCGCUGCAUCACCAGAGAUCUAAAGUGGGGUAUUCCAGUUCCCUUGGAAGGAUAUGAAGAUAAAGUGUUCUACGUGUGGUUCGAUGCUCCGAUCGGCUAUAUUUCCAUUACCAGUCGCUAUAGUAAGGAAUGGAGACAGUGGUGGCAACCGAGUCCAGAAGCUAAGGUCGAUCUGUAUCAAUUCAUGGCCAAGGACAACGUUCCAUUCCAUUCGGUUAUGUUCCCAGCUAGCUUAAUCGCCAUCGACAAGGGCUAUACACUGGUUUCCCACAUCAUGGCCACAGAAUACCUCAACUAUGAAGAUGGUAAAUUUAGUAAAAGUCGCGGUAUUGGGGUUUUUGGUAACGACGCACACGACACUGGAAUUCCAGCUGACGUCUGGCGUUUCUACCUUUGUUCCUCACGCCCAGAAGGUCAGGACUCUAGCUUCAGUUGGAACGACCUGGCCGCUCGCAACAACAACGAACUGCUCAAGAAUGUAGGAAACUUUGUCAACCGGGCUCUCGUAUUUUGUGAAAAAUAUUUCGAUUCAACCAUUCCGCCGCUGGUGCUUAAUGACGAAGACUACACGCUGCUCGCUUUGAUCAACCGUGAGCUUAAGGGAUAUGUCCACCAAAUGGAAAAAGCUCGUUUACGAGAUGGCAUCCGUCACUUGCUUGCAAUCUCCCGUUACGGCAACCAAUUGAUGCAAGCCGAAGAACCAUGGGUCUUGGUCAAGGGAACAGACGAUCAAAAGACCCGCGCCGGAACCGUCAUUGGUUUGUGCUGUAAUCUCGCCUGUCUCCUGGCGACUCUUAUCUUCCCAUUCAUGCCAUCCACAUCACGCAAUCUCUAUUCCCAACUAAACAUCAGCACAAGUCAUCUAGACUCGGACAAACCGCAACUGCGAAUCCUCCUUCCGAGCGGUCACAAAAUCGGUAAACCAGCGGUCCUAUUCAACAAGAUCGACCAAGCAAAGGUCGAUGAGCUGAAAAAGAAAUACGCCGGAGCCCAGCAACAACCAACCCAGCCCGUCAAGUCUCCUUCGAACAAGCUUUUCACCUCCUUGGUUGAAGCUCAGAAAGCCGUUGACGAACAGGCCGCCAAGGUACGCAAAAUCAAAUCAACCGGAGCGGACAAGAGCGUCUGGCAACCCGAGGUUAAUAUUCUGCUCGAACUGAAGAAGCAGCUGCAAACACUCAGCCAGCCGAGAACAUCAGAGAGCACCAGUGUCUCGUCGUCAGCCGAAUCCGCUGCCAAUCCAGCACCGACGAACCAAGAAACGGUCGAAUCAUUGGAAGCGGAAAUUGCUAAACAGGGUGAGAAGGUUCGCACCCUCAAAGGGAAUGGUUCGGAUAAGUCCGUUUGGCAGCCGGAGGUCAAUGUGUUGCUCGCUUUGAAGGAAAAACUCACUAAAUUGACCGGGGUCGCUCCGGCAGCUAACACCGGUGGCAAGAAGAAAAAUAAAAAAUAAAUCGCUCGAAUUUGGAACGUACUAAUUGAAAAUUAUAUUCUAAUCAAUCACCAAGCUUUGCUUUUGUAAUAGUAAAACUAUAUCCAAUAUUGUGUUAACUAUGAAUUAAAUAAAAAAAGCAAUAGUCUUUAUGAUUCAAUGGUA